GACGGAGACGGAGUGGCUACACAGCACCGAGCCAUACUCAAUUCGCAGCACGCAAUGGUGAACCUCAUCAUUAACCCGCUUUCCAAAAAGCUCAAAAAGAUCAACUGCGACACCACGCCAAACACGCGUCUUUCUGCCAUCAUCGAGGCCUAUGCCAAGAAGAACAGCGUCUCCGAUCCAAACCGAAUUAAGUUCUCCUACCUGGCAGAGGAGAAUGACAAGGAGAAGGACAAAAAGAAAAGGCUUCCUCUGAAAAACUACUUGACACUCGAGGAAAAUGGCCUGGACUUCGCCCAGGCCUCCACACUCAACGUUUAUGCCAAGGACGUCGGGCCCCAGAUCGGCUGGAGAACCGUCUACUUUCUCGAAUACCUAGGACCAAUGAUCAUACACUCCUUGUUCUACUACGGGUACUACAGUGCAAGCGACAUGACCUACACCCAGGUGCUUGCCUAUAACUUGACUCUCUUGCACUACUUGAAGAGAGAGUACGAGACCUUGUUCAUCCACACGUUUUCUGCAGACACCAUGCCUUUUGCAUUUCUAUUCAGAAACUCAGGACACUACUGGAUCAACAGCUUGCUCAUUGCCUUCUCCGUCUACUCCCCACAGAGCGUUGUCUAUAGCAACAAAUUCUGGAGCGUGAUCCACCAUGUUGAGGACCGCUCCUUGGACGAAUUGAAGUGGUUCGGGGGUGCCAUGGUUCUCUUUGAGAUCUGUAACUUAUACUGCCACAUCAUCUUGAGAAGAUUGAGAUCGGACGGCACCAGAGCACACAAGAUCCCUUACGGUUUCGCCUUCAAGUUUGUUUCUUUUCCAAACUAUCUUUUCGAAUUUCUCUCCUGGACUGUGUUUGCCGUCAUGACCAACAAUUGGUCCUCCUACGUUUUCCUCGUUGCUGGAACAGGUACCAUGAUGAUGUGGGCUAAGCAGAAACACGCAAAGUACAAGAAGACCUUUGGGGACAAGUACCCAAAGAACAGAAAGGCCAUGAUUCCUUUCAUCUUCUGAUGCUUCCUCCAAAAUUACUUACGACACGUAUUCACGAUUCAGUUACACGUAAAUAUCUAUUAUCUACUUAGAUAUACUCUCAUAUAACUUCAUAUAUCGCUUCCUCUAUCCAGCGGCUUGCACAAACAUACGACGUGUGUGCACGGUUAUUGGUCUUUCUACGCCUGAAACGUGUGCGCCAUUUUUGGCGGAGUUCAGAAGUAUAUUUACAUAAUUAAUAUUUACAUAUAUCGAUCGAGUGGCAUACUCAACGGCGUAGAAUUAUUAC